AUGAAAGUAUCAACAUUAAUAAUUGUUUCUAUUCCAAUUGUUCUGGGAUUACAAAUUAAAGAUACCGUGGGUACAACUACAGAAAAUACAUUUUGGUAUCAAUUAUUUGGAACUCCUUCAAGAUCCCAACCAGCAGCAGUAGCCGCCACAGCAGCAGGUACAGAAGUACAAGGAUUUACACCGAUUUCUACGUCUUCUUCUUCUUCUUCUUCUUCUGCGGCUCCUUGGUAUCAAGGAUUAUUUGGGGUUGGCCGUACUACAUUAGGUCAAGUCACAACUCCAUCAAGAACAUCAACAACAACAACAACCUCAAAUCCAAUUGCUCCUACUACUUCAAUAGCUAAUAGCAACAAUUUAUUUGGAACCGAUACAGCCCCAACAACCACAACCACAACUAAUGCUAGAUCUAGAUCUAGAUCUACACCAGUAACAGUUUCGGGAGAUAAUGUUUUAACUUUAUUUGGUAAUCCAAAUUUAUCAACUGGAAAUGAUCAAUCUAAUUCUGUUUCUAAGACAACAGCAGAAACCACCACCACUUCACUGGCACCUUCUUCUUCUUCUAGAGUACAACCAACUGUUAUUAACGGUGGUGGUAGUGAUGGAGUAUUGACAUUAUUUGGAAAUUCAGAAGCAUUAUCCAAUUUUGAUUCGACAACUGUGGUUGAUUCCGAUAGUACUGCAAGAAUAACCCCAAUUGCAAGUGCAAGUGCCAGUUCUGGAUCAAGUACUAAGGAUAAUGAUAGUGAUAGUUCUAGUGCUCGUGGCAUUAAAUCUAUUCCUAAUUCAUCUGAAUUUCUUGCAUCAUUGAUCAAUGGUUUAGGCAGUGGUGGUGGUGGUAAUGGUAGUGGUUCAAAUACUAAUUCUUAUAAGAAUCAUUCAACAACUUCUACAACAUCAAAAUAUUUUAAUUCCAGUAGUACUGCUACCAAAUUAUCGUCAAGUAAAUCAAUUUAUUCAAAUUCAACCACUUCAAGAAGUUCUUUAUCUGUGUCUAGUAGUAGUACUGAUGGUGGUGGAGGAGCUAAUUUAUUUGGACUGCUUUUGAAUUCAGUUGCUGCUGUUUCAAGAACCUUAGCUGCUGAAUCUACAUUAAGUACAGGUACAACCACAACUUCAGACAGUGCCAAUUCUAAUACAAAGGAUUAUUCAAGUUAUUCUGGUACUAUUACAUCAUUUCCUUCAACUACGGGGAGUUUAAGUGGUGAUGGGAAUAAAUUAAUUGGUGGUAAUAAAUAUUUGAUUAGUUUUAUGUGGACAAAUUUGAUUUUAACCAUGAUUAUGCUUUUCACAUAA